AUGUCUCCCCGGCGGGGAGGGGGCUGCCUUGGAGACGCGCUGAGCAGCCCCCCCCGGCGGCCCCUCCGCAGCAGCAGCAGCAGCAGCCCCGGCAGCAGCAGCAGCGGCCCCCGCGGCGCCCCGCCCCCGCCCCCGGCCCCGGCGGCGGUGGCGGCCUGGAGGAGCCGACCCCCGGGCGCCGACCCCCGAGCUUCGCAGCCCCCGCCGCCCCGGAGCCGCGGAGAGAGCGGCGGGCGCCCCCCGGGGAAGAUGAAGGCGGAGGGGGCAGAUAACUCCAUGAUCAACCUGUCGGUGCAGCAGGUCCUGAGUCUCUGGGCCCACGGGACAGUGCUGAGGAACCUAACGGAGAUGUGGUACUGGAUUUUUCUGUGGGCUCUCUUCUCUUCUCUCUUUGUCCAUGGUGCUGCAGGAGUGUUGAUGUUUGUCAUGCUACAGAGACAUAGGCAGGGAAGAGUCAUCUCUGUCAUUGUGGUCAGCAUCGGAUUUCUGGCUUCCAUAACAGGAGCAAUGAUAACCAGUGCAGCAGUAGCUGGCAUUUAUAGAGUAGCAGGGAAAAACAUGGCUCCCUUGGAAGCGUUGGUGUUAGGGGUUGGACAGACUGUACUGACGUUAAUCAUCUCCUUUUCGAGGAUCCUUGCAACACUUUGAACUUCUCAAUUGAUAUAAGGAAAUGCACAUGCAGAUUCCCUGAAAGUAGUUCCAGUGGCAAGUGGAUAAGAAAUUGUCUGAGAAUGUGAAUUGUGCCCUUCCCGCCUAGAGGCCUUCAGCUGUGGGAAAAGACUGCCCUCUAGUGUCCAAGAUGUGGCACUACUUACUGCAUUGCACCUUAUGUGCCUCUGUCCCAGGCAAGGUGCAACUGUUCCACUGCAUGUGAAGGAAGCUACAAGAAAACAGCACCUUGUUUAGCUGCCAAUCAGGGUAACAUGAAUGAUGAUCAUUAUUCUUAACAGUGUUAUGACAAAGUACAGGGACAUUUCCGAAGAACUGAUAUGUGCCAAACUUGAAUUUUUUUUUUUUAAACGCUGAUCUUGUGGAUGAUUUGCAAGUGUAGAAGUAGGAUUGCUGUGAACAUAUUUCACAUGAAUUCAGGUAAAACAGUAAGACUAACUUUUCUAAUACUAAAUCCCAGUAAGAAUGCUGAAUAUCCGUUCAAUAUGGGUAUAUAAUUACUUGAUUUUUAAUAUUGAGCAUUACAGAGAUGUAGGGAUCUAGUAUAAUUGUCUAGGAAUAAUUGUGAUUUGCGUUAAUUUAUGUGAAAAAAUACUUCAUGGAAAGCUCUAAACCAAUUUGAAGACUCAUAAAGUAGAUGUGUGGUACAUUUUUCACUGUCUGAAAUAAAACUCUUUUAAUGGUUUUCCCUCA